CCAACAAUGUAUAAUGUUUCAGUUGUAACAGUAUUUACUCUUUCAGGUUUAGAUUACCUAAUGGGACACAAACUAACUCUCUUUUCUUUUACUUUAAUAUGGUAUGCUUUGAUUCUCUGUGUCAAUUUAUCUGUCAUUGUUGUCAUCAUUAUGGAUAAGCACCUUCACGAGCCAAUGUAUAUCUUCUUGUGUAAUCUGUGCAUUAAUGGGCUUUACGGAACAGCAGGAUUCUACCCCAAGUUCAUCGCAGAUCUUGUAACAACUCAUGUCAUCUCGUAUACAAAUUGCAUGCUACAGGGUUAUGUAAUCCAUUCUUCAAACUGUGGAGAUUUGUCCAUCCUUGCUCUGAUGGCCUAUGACAGAUAUGUGGCAAUUUGUAAACCUUUGGUGUAUCAUUCAGUGAUGACAACUAAGAAGGUCUGUAUAUUUGUAUGCAUGGCCUGGUUUGUGCCUCUUUAUCUUAUGUUGAUGAAUUCAGUCUCACUGGUCGGGGUUGCAUUGUGUGGCUCACAUAUAAACCGGCUCUACUGUGUUAACUGGAUGAUUGUUCAACUUACCUGCUCUCCUCCAAGGGCAAACCAAAUGAUUGGAUAUAUUAAUAUUGCUUUUUAUUUUUCCCAUGCUGUGUUUAUCGUUUGGUCUUACAUAUAUUUAAUCAAGAAAUGCCUUAUAUCUAAAGAUAAGAAUGGGAAGUUUAUGCAAACAUGUAUGCCACACAUAGUAACAAUUAUUAAUUUCAGUUUUGGAAUGUUGACGGAUAUACUGUAUAUGAGGUAUGGAUCGGGUGACUUGCCUCAAAGUCUCCUGAACUUUAUAUCGAUAGAAUUUCUACUGAUUCCACCACUCAUAAAUCCCCUAAUAUACGGAUUUAAACUGACCAAAAUUAGAAAUCGAAUUAUCACCAUUUUUCAAUGUCAAGUCAAAAAUUUUAAGAAGAGUGAACCUCCUUGUGAUUCAAAAUCGACCGUGAUGGAAGCAACGUUACCAGCUAUCUAAUAAGA